AUGGUACACGGCCCACAGUCCGCCUCGGGGCGGCUAGGCGGGUUGCUGGUGAGCCGCGGUCAGCCGUACAACGUCGUGCUCACGCACCUGUCGGCCGAUUUUGAUUCCUUAGCGGCCGCGGUGGGAGUCGCCAAGCUGUGGAACGCAGAAGACCGAAAGGUUCCGACGUACGUGGUUCUCCCGCGAGGAGCCCAUCCGUCAGUGUCCAAGUUCUUAGCAUUGCAUCAGGAACUCUUCCCCAUCCUGGGGCUAGAGCUGCUGGACCCGACAGGGGCUCGGAAGGUAGGGAUGUGUGAUGCGCAGACGCGAGAUCGUGUGGGGCCAGCGAGUGAGCUCCUGGACCAGGCGGAGAGCGUCCACGUGUACGAUCACCACGUGGACAAGGACUCGGACAUCGUCGACGCUGUCCUCCACAUCGAGAGCGUGGGUGCGGCAACGACGGUGGUGACGGAGAUGAUCCGGUCGGGUCUCGAGCAAGGAGCCGGGGUCGGAGUUCAGCUUACGGAGGCGGAGAGUACGCUCCUUGCUCUGGGCAUUCAUGCGGACACAGGGUCGUUGACGUACGAUUCUGCGACGGCGCGGGACGCAGCCGCCCUGGCGUGGCUCAUGAUGCAAGGCUGCCAGCAAACGGUGGUGUCCGAGUACACGCACACGUCGCUGUCGGAGGGGCAACAGUCUUCCCUCGUGGAGGCCUUCGGGUCCCUGGAGAAGCGGCAACACAACGGCGUCUCGGUCGGCAGCGUGCUCCUCGUUAACGAGGAAAGGGUUGCCGGCAUGGCCAGGUUUGGCGCCGGGGGGCAUCCCAAAGCAGCGGCCGCGUCCGUCCGAUUGAGUGGGGAGGACCCAGAGACUGAGGCUCUCGAGCUCAUGAGCAGCCUUGUGGAGGCAAUCUGCAAGGAGCAGAUCCUGGAGCCGGAGCUGGUGGCAGAAGACUUCAUGACGUCCCCUGUCCUGUCAUGCCAACCUAGCACCACCCUGCUGCAGGCCGAAGAGAUUCUCCGAAGACAUGGCCUCUACGCCUUGCCGGUGUUGGGGCAACAGGGGGAGGAAGCCGACAAGCUUCUGGGGCUCAUAACGUGCGCGGAAAUUUCGAAGGCGUUCAGGAAAGACGAGCAGGGCGCUGCGAAUAGACCGGUGACGGGCUUCAUGCUGACCAAGGUUACGCGAGUCUGCCCGUCCGCUCCCAUGCACAAGAUCAGGAAGAGGAUGGCAGAGAGCACUCGUGCGGGGCGGGCGAUUGUGGUGGACGCGUCGGGACGAUUGCGAGGGAUCAUUACGAGGACGGACCUGUUGCGGCAGUACCACUUCUACCGCCAGCUAAAGCGACGAGGACAGGGGCCGCUUCACCGGGAAUGGAUAGGGGCGGCGGCGCAGCCGGGAGAGGCGAUAUGCAGCAGCAACCCCGACGCCGACGAGGUUCGAUCCGCGGCCGUCGCCGGUUUCUUGGGGUGAUCGGGGCGUUCAGGAUCUCUGUCUAGUCUGUCAGGAGAGACUGUUUGGACGGCAGCCUAUCUCUCUAGACUGUCCGGACAACAGAUAGCCCUCUAGAGUGUGAGGAGAGACAGCAUGUAUUUUCCACCGUCUUUUGUAUCUUGUUUCCGGUUCGUUUGUUGUCUUCGUGUUAGCUUGGUUAGUCAAGUCAGUCAGUCGUCGUUGGCUGUGGUCGUUUGCUGCUAGUGCUUCCAUGCCAUCGUGACGCCUCCUCCUGCCUUUUGCGUAUUUAGCAAAAUACCGCUUGGAGGACGGCAUUAUUACAGGCGAUUGGAGUGUUGCAUUUUUUUGGAGACGGGGCCUGCACUCUCAUCUCGAGAGUCCAUCUCCGGAGAUCACCUAGACCUAUCCCCCGCACUUCUUAACCUCUAGUUUUGCCGAGGCUGAGGUUCUUAAGGUUAUGCGACACCAUGGCCGCUAUGCAUAUAGGCUUUUAGUGUAGGGGUGCUCAACCGGGCUCACAAAUGGUCCUAAAGUUGUUAGAUUUUCAGGUUUUCGGGGCCCAUAGCGAAGUUCUUAAGCGCAGACGCUGUCUGUAUCCCGGCCGUGUUCCGGACGAAGCUCGGCAUCCGUGCCGGCCGCUCCGCUGUACGUGUGACUGCUGUUGGUCAUCUUAGGCAAGGGCGGAGAGAGGGCGUGUGUGUUUGCUCUCCCCCCCCCCCGGCUAGCACUACUACAGUGGUACGGUACUGCCGUUGGCGGCGGACUUCCUUGGGGUGUGGUGUUGGAUGUGUCUCCAGGCUAGCUGCUGCAUCAAAGGUAGACUGUGUUGACAAAUUUCGUUGCGUGAGUGUGGUUCGUA